CGUCCAGCAGCUGAUCGGUAAUCCAGAAGAAGUUUCCCCUCAGUUAGGGGGGAGCUCCACUUUGAAGCAGGAGACUCCACAACCACCCUGCAUUAAAAAGGAAGAGGAGGAACUCUGCAUCACUCAGGAGGGAGAGUGUCUUCUAGGACGAGAGGAAGCUGAUUACACCAAGUUUCCACUGAGUAUUCUCUCUGUGAAGACUGAAGAUGAUGAAGAGAAACCACAAGUAGACAACCUCUUAGCUCCACUAUCAGAUAGUGAGGCUGAAGACGAGGUUGAAGAACCUUUGAGCAACGAUACAGACUGUGAAGGUGAUAUGAGGACUCACACUGACAACAAACACUCUUCAAAGAAGAGAGGUAAAACAUGUUUGAGCUGCUCAGUUUGUGGCAAAAGCUUUUCUCGAAAUAGCAUGUUGACUCGACACAUGAGAACACACACAGGAGAAAAACCAUUUACUUGUUCAGUUUGUGGCAAAAGCUUUUCUCAAAAUAGCCGUUUGACUCAACACAUGAGAACACACACAGGUGAAAAACCAUUUAAUUGUUCAGUUUGUGGAAAAAGCUUUUCUCAAAAUCGCAUUUUGACUCAACACAUGAGAACACACACAGGUGAAAAACCAUUUAUUUGUUCAGUUUGUGGCAAAAGCUUUUCUCAAAAUAGCGUUUUUACUCAGCACAUGAGAACACACACAGGUGAAAAACCAUUUAACUGUUCGAUUUGUGGUAAAAACUAUUCGGUUAAGAGCACUUUGAUUGAACACAUGAGAACACACACAGGGGAAAAAACAUUUAGUUGUUCAGUUUGUGGCAAAAGCUUUUCUGUUAAGAGGAAUUUGACUCAACACAUGAGAACACACACAGGUGAAAAAACUUUUGGUUGUUCAGUUUGUGGCAAAAGCUUUUCUGUUAAGAGGAAUUUGACUCGACACGUAGGAACACACACUGGACUAAGACCAUAUAAUUGUUCAGUUUGUGGUAAAAGCUUUCCUCAAAACAGCUCUUUGUGUCGACACAUGAGAACACACGCUGGAAAAACCAUGUAGUUGUUCAGUGUACUGUAAAAGGUUCCCACAUAAUGCAGACGCCGUAAAACACAUGAGAUCACACAAGGGAAAAUACCUAAUUAGCUGUUUAGUUUGUGGUAUGUUGCUCAUAUGUGGUGACAUCCACCCUACCCAGGACCUCCUCACUGCUUCUUUCACAAAUAUCUGAGGUAUUCGUUCAAACUUGGAUCAUGUCUUUUCUGUAUCUGAGACCUUCCUGAACAGUAAGAUAGAUGAUGCUUCAAGUUCUUGGUUACUCCUUCUUCAGUCGAGGGACCUGGGGCCUCAUGUGUCAAGUUUGUGCACGCUCAAAAACCUGCACUACACCCUUUUUCACUGCAAAGUUGAGAUGUAUCAAAACUGACUUUUGGAUGCUGGGUAACUGUUUGCAUAACCAAGUGCCAACUUUCCUCAGACUGAUUGAUGUGCAAAUCAGAGACAUAUGAACAAUGAACCCCCAACACCCACAACCCAACCCCCACCUCCCUCGACAUUCGGGCAUAACAGGUUCAAUCCGGCCCGCGAGAUGAGUUUGCGAAGUGUAAAAUUCAGCUGCAUUUUUAAAUUAAAGAAACUGCUGUUCUAAAUGUGUCCACUGGAUGUCGCAAUAGCAAUUUUUGUUAGGCAAGCAAGUAGUUUAUACCGGGGUGAGCAAGUAUACCAAGCAAGAGGUACACGGUAAAGCGGAGCUGUGACUCCUCCCCCUCCACCCAACGUAAAACAGGAGUAAAAUAAGCAAUCAGUAACCCCACUUAAAAUGCAGCAUGAGACACUGCACACUGAUAUAGUUCUGUGAAAAUGAUUGUCUUCUGUGCAAAUGUAAAGAAAGUGAACAGUGUGUGAUUUACUGCAAUACUGUCAGUCUUUUAACUUUUUAUUUGUGCUUUGUUGAAAUUGUUUACACAUUGCACAGCUUUUAUUUUUCUAUCAAUACACAUUAUGUCUAGAAGACAGGAAGUAACUCAACACUCUUGAAUAGUUUCUACCUCAGUUUGUAUGGUUUGUUGAGUUAGCACAGGAUUAAUAUGUGGAGAUGACAAAUGAGGUAGUUGAUACAUAGAAUAGUUUUUAUUCAUGCUUUAUUUUGUUUUUUGUUCAAUCCUAGAUGGGUUGUGACUUAAAGUGUAAUUGCUUUGUAGAAACACUGAGAUUAAGCCUAAAUUAAUUGUGUUCUUCAUGGUGUUUUUGAAGCUGCACCAUUUUUUUCCUCUAAAUGUUCAACUAACUUGAAGUGUUUUGUCAAGAGGAUUAUUUGUGAUAUGUAUAUUUUCAGAAUGGACUUGUUGUAUUUUGGGCUAAAGUAAAAUAAAGAAAACAAUCUGAAGUUGUCAUAGUUGUAUUUUUAAGUUAUCAUGCCAUGAUUUUACCCGUCCCGCCCACGUGGGAAUAGAUUUUCCUCCAUGUGGCCCCU